CUUUCUUUCUGGUAGACCAACGAGCUAAAUGUCGUGAUGCAAACGCCUGAAUACGGACUACCCAGACUUCAAGCCGAGGAGUUCUACGGGCAACAAUUAUGAGAUGAUGAUAGUGACCUUGGGCGCACUUCGGUCGUACUUCUCCUGCAGCAUAUCGAAAGCGUCCUACACGUCAACCGCGCAUUUCCCUGCGAUUCUUUCUCUUACCCUUACAAAGUCGAGGGGAAUGGCAACGGUCAAAGACUCAAUCCCACAUAUAGUCCGGACUGCUGAGGAUCCUCGGCAGAAGGGUGUCUGGUCAGCACGUCUGAGCAGGAUUGACCAAGUCAAUUCGAAGAUACGACUGCUGAGACUGAGUCUUCCAAAAGAUGGGUAGCCACCUCUACGCCACCUCCCAGGCCAAUACAUAGACCUUUACAUCCCCGACGUCGACGUGGUUGGCGGCUUCACCAUAACAUCUCCGCCUCAGGCCUCGGCCCAGAGCCAGGAUGAUCCGCACAUCGAACUGGCAAUACAAGCUUCACCGAGUAACCCGCCGGCAGCAUACCUCUGGCGGCCAGUCUCCGAAAUUCUGGACUCAACCGUGACGUUCCGGGUGGGCGGGAACUUCACCUAUCCCCCACUGACUCUGAACCGGGAAGAAUGCGAAAACAUCGAUAGAGUUGUCUUUAUCGCCGGAGGGGUCGGAAUCAAUCCGAUCAUGAGCAUGAUAUCGGCCAUGGACGAGGUGGGCACAGGCACAAAAACUGAACUUGGCGGAAUGGUCAAAACCGUGCGAGUAUUGUAUACCGCCAGAAGAGAAGGCCCAGGAGAAGACAUCCUCUUCGAAAAGCGAUUGAACGAUAUUGCGAAGAAAUGGAAAGGUAACGAACAGGUGGAUUUCAAGUACACAUUCUUCGAGACGAGCGGGAAACCAGGUCAAGAAGAAGAAAGGAUUACUGGUAAUAUCACCACACGACUCAGACGUAUAAAGCACGGCGAUCUCUUUGAAGCUCUGGGAACAGAGGACAGUCGGAGUAACACAGUUGUCUAUGUCUGCGGACUGCCUGCAAUGACUGACGAGUUUGUGGAGCUGUUGAAAACGGCACCCGGCAUGGACGAAAAGAGAGUGCUUUGCGAGAAGUGGUGGUAGACUGGACUCCACAGGAAGAAAAAGAAGAGACAUGCCAAUCGUCUCGAACGACGAAGCAAUCCAUCAAUGAGAUUGGGUAUCAUGC